AGGUGUAACAGUUUAAGCUGCGCCUUCUUUUUUUCCAAAGGGCAAUCAUUAUGGCAUGGGCUUGACAAACCAACACAUUAACAAACUGAAAGGAUUUAUUUUUACUUUAGAAGCAGUUUACACGCUAACAUUUCUCACCCACAACGGGACUUUGGGACGGAUUAAGGAUGGAGUCUUGAGUCUGCCUCAGUGCUACAUGCAUGAGUGUUUAGGAUACCUUCACCUGGACUGAAGAUCUUUAUUUCUGCGCUGAUAUUGUCCUAGCUUGUGCACAGUUUACAGUAACUCCCGAGGAGAAUGACAUCUCUGCUGAACACUCUGUCUCUGUGUCUCUGUGUCCUCCGGGUCUGUGUGAUACAGGGAGACUUUGUGGAUCUUCCUACAGAAGAACCAAUCCUCUCCUUGGCAGAGGGGGAGACUGUCCUGCCCUGCCGCUACCAACCGCUACCCGGAGACACUGUGGUGCAGGUCACCUGGUAUAAGGUGAAGCCAGAUGGAGACAAGGAACAGAUCGUCACUGCACACCAUUCUAAUGGACAGACAGCGUUUGGAGCGUGGUCUCAACGCGUGCAUUUUCAAAGCAGCGAACCCACCGUGGACUCGUCUCUGGUUAUCAUAACAACUGAGGUCUCCGAUGAGGGAAAAUACCUGUGCCACAUCAGCAGCUACCCCUCUGGCAACUUUGACACGGAGAUGUCACUCACCGUGUGGACCCUUCCCAUCACCUCCCUGGAUCCUGUGAUUCUGGUUGAGGGCCAGUCCUACCGGCAGGCCGCUUCCUGUCGCUCUGUGGCCCGCCCGCCACCCCGCCUCUCCUGGGACACAGACCUGAAUGGCCAGUCCAUAAACCGCUCCUCAGAUAACGGGGCAGUCACCUCGCACUACUCCCUGCACCCCCUGAGGAACAUGAAUGGCAAGAAGCUGGACUGCAUAGUGUGGCACCCGACUGCAAAGGGCCCCCGCAGGAUCAGAAACAAGCUGGUGGUGCACUACCCCCCAGAUGCAGUGGUGUCUGGCUUCACUGGAGGUUGGUCGGUGGGUUUGGAGAAUGCUGCCCUGAGGUGUGUGAGCGGAGGAAACCCCAAACCACACAGUUUCACCUGGCUCAGAAUUGGGGGAGAGUUGCCAGAGGGAGUUAUCCCCCACCCUAAUGGAACAUUAGUUUUUGGGCGCCCAUUAAGCUUGUCAGAUCGAGGCACCUACCAGUGUGUGGCGAAGAAUGAAGUGGGAGUGGGGAAGGCGGAGAUAGAGAUUGCUGUUGGAGACUCCCCCCCAGAGCCGAGCUUGAAUAUGCCAAUGAUCUUCAUCGGGGCUGCGGCGGGUGGGCUGCUGAUGCUGAUGCUUAUCGUCAUCAUCUGUGUCACUUGUCAUCACAAACGCAAGAACAAGAAGCUGGAGAGGGAGCUGACUGAGAAGAAGGAGGAAAUAAGCACUCUGGCUAGGGUUGCCUCUAUCAGGAGGAUGGGCUCUGUCAGCACAGACGCCAGAGGAGCGACAGAGGAAAACAUCCCUCUGAGGGUGGAGGGGACCCUAAGGACCAGCUUGUCUUCCCUUGGGGAGCAGGCCCACUGCCGGGACAGUCGCUCUACUAUCUCUAUUGGACGGGGAGGAGUGGGAGCGUAUGACUACCUGGGCAGACCAGUCCUGCACAACAACUCGCGGAGAGGAAGAGAAAGGCUUCUGGAUAGAGAGGAAGAGAACCGACUCAGAGUGGAGUCAUACGUGAGAAACAGCAGUAUUUCUUUACAGGAAACUCGUUUUCACCCUCCUCUGAUGCCAUCAGCAUUCCCUAUCCUACAGUCCACUGAGAUUGUAAGACAGCUGAACGGCAGCGCCAUCGUCCCAUCAGAUGGUGGUUCACGACCAGGAAGUGUCUCCAAGAAUCACCAGCACCCUCCUCUGAACUACAACUACCCACGGGUAACAGAUGAUGAGGAUGAAGUAGACGAAGGUUUGGGAGGUCCUGCUAGUCAGGAACACCCCGAUGACCAAGACAGCGAGACAAACAGCUCCCAGGUGUCCGAGGCUCACAUUGCACUCUAUCAGCAGACUAACGGCACAAUCAGACCUAAACCCAGGCCGAGCACCACUGGGCUCAGUCCGCAUGCCUCCCUGAUCCACAAGGCCCAGAUAGUUUAGCAGGCAGCUGGAAAUGAACAAGUGGAACUACAAGACUUGCCAGCUUUGGACUUGGAAGAGAUUCAAAGGCACAAUCCUGAGAAACAACAUCUGCAUCUUGACUACAAUGCGGCUUCUUCUUUAUUGUGCAUGGACAUGGUGCAAUACAAUAAACUCAAGUAAUUCUUUGCAGCAUCUACUGGACAAUACUGCAUAGCGGAUUUCUGCCUGAUGUAUGGUGAUCAACAAGAGUGUUCCUGGAAUUAUUGGCACAAACACAGACUAUGUUGCAAUAUUUCCAGUGCCGCUUCUACAGCGUUAAAUCCCAGACAAUAUUCUUUGCUCCUCUUUCGCAAUACAGUAUCUGGUGCUAUAUGACGAACAGGUGAUUGCACUUGACAUACCUUAGUGGUAGAUGUCUAAAGAACUCAAGAUCAUGUACAGUAGAAAAAACAAUCAGAAAAUGCAAGGAAUAAGGGGAGGCUGUGGGGAAGUUGCUGAAUCAGAAGAUUGCAACACUUCUCUAUGGAGGGUGGUUUAUGCCGUAGUGGUGCUCAGUGUAUCAGUAACCUUCCCUGUGUUAAGUUGCCUUACACAACACAGUUUGGGAGCUGAUCCAAACCAUGGGGUUGUUCCUGCCUUGCCACACCUGCACCAUGCAUACCUCCGUAUUAUCUUGGAUGUCAUCAAGCAAAAACAUGACUUAUUAAUUUGGUGAUUCGGUGACCUGUAAAUCUGUACAAAAAUGCAAAUGAAUUAUUUCAGAAUUUUUAAAUUUAAAUCAUCUGUACCUUAAAUAAGCAAACACAAAUGGCAGAUAAAUAAUCAGUACCACCUGCUCCAAGUUGAGCGCUGGAAAAGCUGCUAUGUUUUUGUAAAAUAUAUUUUCUAUUUCAUUUUUUUUCCUACUGAGUUUGCUUCUUUUGUUGAUACUAACUAGAGACCAUAGAGGAGAGCAAUGUACCAAAACCUUGGACAUAAAGUAUCUGUUCAUUGAAAAGUUUCUUCUGCGUUCCAGAUGAUGCUUUUGCAAGAGCAACUUCAGAUGAAACAGUAGAGCUUUUUAAUAUUUUGGCAAAAACAAACCUGUAUUAUCAAUCUCUAGGUGAGCAAUAGUUGAUACGUUUUGUAAAUAUUGGGCUCUGUUACAACCCUGAUACUGGAAGCAAUGUGCCAAAGGGAAAAUAUAGAAAAAUCACUUUUGCUUUAUUGGCAAAUAUGAAGUAUUAUUUGUUUCCUCGCUAAAAUGUAUUACAUUGUUAUGUUUAGUUAGUUUUACCUUCUGUACAUGAUAGAAAUAUGAUAAAGUCUGUCGCAAAACCAAUGUGCCAUAUAUUAUUUGCUCACACCUAAUAGGUAAAAGCAAAUGAAUGGUGUUAUGUGUGAAUGUAGGCUGUAGUUGUAGUGAACAUUGCCCCCUGAUGUGUACUGCUGGGAAGUGCAGGGAGCUAAAUACUACUACUGCUAAACUACAGAACUAUGAAAACCCUCUGCAUUCCACUGUGAUUAUGAGAAAUGAUCUUCCUGGUUACUUGCCUGGACAUUCAUUCAUUUUAAGGGCUAUGUAUGGGUAUCAGAUUGUAUUGAGGGGUUGAAAUAAAUUGUAAUUUUUUUUGUAAA